AUGAAAAAUCUGUACCUAGAGUAGAAUCGGUCAAACAAUAAUUCCCCCAUAUUAGGAAACUCAUUAACUCCUAAAAAUUAAGUUAGUAAUUAGCUGGAGUCUAUGAGAUAAGCUCUGAACAACAAUAGCAUGUCAAAGAGCAGCGUACUUUAUAUUAUGAAUGGUGCAUUACCUAACGGCAUAAAUAAUAUUUAGCAAAUGAGAGCGAAUAUGGGGGAACCUAAAGUCUCAAAAUUUUCUCAAUCCCCGCAGAUAGAAACGGAAGUUAAAUAGCAAAUAAUCGAAGAAAAAAAAUAAAUUCAAGCAAAAUAGAGUAUCGAUAUUGAGCAGGGAAUUUCAGAUUUGAAAAAACCAUAUGUUCCUGAUUUUGGGUACAAAGAUCAAAUUACUUACGAUUUGUACAGCUUAAGCUUGCAAAAUCACAAAGACUUAUUCGAUGAGAAAAGUGCUGUGAACUCUGGCAAAAAAGGAUGGGGAAUUAUAACCUCAUAUGUUUCAUCAGUUCAAGCCCCCAAAUUUGAGGGUGUUUAAGAGACCAUUAAAAAAUUAGCAUUGGAAAAAGAAUAAUAAAAGUAGUAGGAAUAGAAAUUAAAAGAUAUCGAAUAAAAGAAGAAAAAGGAGGCAAAUACAGCUUAACAAUUAAAAAAGCCAUUUUUUUCGAACUUAUCCUCAUAUAUAAUAAAGCAACAUUAUGUAUACGGGGAGAGUAAAGAGACUUUGGAACUAUCAAAAGCCAAGACAAAGGAUUAGAAGAGAAUCGAUGAGUUAAAGAGACAUUUGGCUGAUAUUAAGUAAUGCUAUAAAAAUGAAAAAAGAGCAAUGCAAUGUAUAGCAAGGAAUAGAAUAGUAGAAGAUUUUAAUAAUAAUCAUAUAUUCGGGGGCCAAUAGAGUAAACCAGAAGUAUCAGUAGAGAUGUAAAUUAAUCAAGAAUCCAAAUAUUAGCAAGGCAUAAGCGUCUAUGAUAAAAAUAGCAAUUAAUUACAGUUUUCAAGGAGAUAGUCUAAAUUAUUAGGAAUAGAAAUGCAAUCAAGUUAGAAUAUCUCAAAACAGAAUUGGUAAAAAUAGCUUAAACUCCAAGAUACGCAAAAGUUUCCAUACUCAUAGGAUUCAAGUUAAAUCGAAAAAUUUGACGGCCAAAUAUUAGAUAAUUCCUCUAGUUUCAUUGUAAAAAACUUAGAUAAGAAUACUCGUUAUUUGAUGAGCAAAAUUUAAGAUAUAAUAAAUGAUAAAGGCCUUAAGGAAUGCUUUGAGCUAGAUAAUCUACUCAAAUAACUUUCUUCUCUUAUGAGUAUGAUAAUAAAUAUGAAAUACAAUAGAAUCUCGAAAUUUUUCAUAGCAUCAAAUGUUGAGGAUACAGACUUAGAAAACCUGAAGUUUGAUUUAUAGGAAUUUAGGAAUAAUUUUAGUGCUGUAACCCCAAGCACAUGCUAAAACAGUCAAUUUAGGCUUACUCUUUGUGAUAGCAAUAACAACAGUAAGUUAAUGACUGGACAUGUCCCAAUAUCUAGAUGGAGUAAUUUGAGUGUAGGGAAUGAAUAUUUAACAAAGCAUAGCUCCCGAAGAGAAAAGAGUUAAAGAAAUGAAUUAAACCUUACCCAAGGCCAGAGUGGUAUAUUCACUCCAUCCACUUCAGUAACAAGAAUGACAUUUUCAAACAAUAUGGGAUCGAAUGAAGUUAAUGAAAGCUAAGAACCUAAUUAACUUCCUAAUCUUUCACAGGAUAAAUUAGAGAAAGAUAAGCUAAUAAUGUAAAUAAAGAAUAGAACUAGACUAAUGAAAGAAUUUCACAAUCCUAGCGAAACCAUGCUCAAGCUGAAAAGAUUAGAAAAGCUAAAGGAAAAGGUGUUGACUUCUCGCACAUCGAAUAAUAACAGUCCCUCUCUUUUAGAGAGGUAUCUUCCAUAUCUAAAUAAAUGA